UCCGAUCUCCCCUCUGCGCUUCACUCACUUCGCUCGUACUGUUGCUGUCAUCCUUUUUGGCAUUUGCAGUCUGGAGAGAAAAUAAAGGGCGGCUCGUCAUCUCUCGACAUUGGCCCGGUGUUAGGCGAGAUUUUUUUGUUGCUGUUCUUAUUUUACUUAUUGGUAGGCUUUUAGUUAUUUUUUUUUUUGCUCACAUUUGUCCGACCACUUUUGGAGUUGUCUCAAAAUGUCCAACGGGGUUGAUGCCAACGAGCCGUCCAUCGAGCUGUUUGUGAAGGCUGGAAGUGAUGGAGAGACAAUUGGAAACUGUCCCCUGUGCCAGAGGAUCUUCAUGGUGCUCUGGCUCAAGGGGGUUACCUUCAACGUCACCACGGUCGACAUGACAAAGAAGCCAGCGAUCCUACGCUCCCUGGCACCUGGAUCCCAGCCUCCCUUCCUGACCUUCAACGGGGACGUCCGCACCGACUUCAUCAAGAUCGAGGAGUUCCUGGAGGAGACUCUCUGCCCCCCGAGGUACCCAAGCCUGGGCGUCAAAUAUCAGUCGUCCUACAAGGCAGGGGCUGAUGUGUUCUCCAGGUUCUCGGCAUACAUCAAAAACUCCAGCGCCACGGACAACGGCUCUGACAACUACCUGAUGAAGAACCUCCUGAAGGCGAUGAAGCGGCUCGACGAUUACUUGAAGGAGCCGCUGCCGUACGAGGAAAACAGCAGCGACGUGACCGAGCGAAAGUUCCUGGACGGGAACCAGCUGACGCUCGCCGACUGUGACCUCCUGCCCAAACUCCACAUUGUCAAGGUGGUGUGCAAGCGCUACAGAGGCUUUGACUUUCCGGAGCAGCUGACGGGCAUCUGGCGCUACCUGAAGAACGCGUACGCCCAGGACGAGUUCAUGCGCACCUGCCCGGCGGACCGCGAGAUCGAGCUCGCUUACGCCGAGGUGUGCCGCAGGAAGUGAGGCCAGGGCCCUGUCCAGAGGCUAAACCCCAACACCGCCCCCCCUCCCCCUCCUCUGCCGCACAGCCACCAAAGCACUUGGGAUUGACACCAGUCCUGGUAUUCCCAGCAUCGUCCUCUAUUUUGAGGUGCACCGUCUUAGGGAAGUCUUCCCGGAAUAUGAAAAGUCCCAGCUUUUUUGUAAGUUGUGUAGGAAUUAUAAUAACAAUACUACUACUGCUACACCACCGAAGACAAUGCAUUUACACGUCGUAUUGUAGUUCUCACAUCGUCCGGUAUUGUGAGACAUUCUUUUGCUUCCCAUAACAUGCAAGUGGUGGCAACCGCGCCCAGCGCUAGUGUCCCAUCUGGGACGAGUGCUUCUCGCAAGCCGUGGACAGUAAAGGCAAACUUGCACCCCUUUCUAUGUCAGCGGCUCGGAGGGUUCAGCAGAGUUACUUUUGGUACCCCCCUCCUGCUAAUGCCCGUUGCUGAAGAUGAUGGUCUGUAUUUCGAAUUAAAGCUUUCGUGACUGCAGGGAUUCAUCUUCUUGGUUCUUUCGGUAAAGUCACGUAGAAUGGAAAUAAUAAAAUAAUAAAAAUAAAACAUAAUAAAAUAAUUCUCAUGACGUUUCGGCUGCUUGCGUUGUGGCCGAAACGUCGCUGAGAAUUAUUUUAUUAUUUUAUUAUUUCCAUUCUACGUGACUUUACCGAAAGAACCAAGAAGAUGAUGGUCUGUGUUGUCUCUUGCUUAGCACCGGCUGUAGCUGUGGGAAUCGAAGCAGACCUUAAAGAUCGCAAACAGUAUUUUCUGAAAAAUGACUUUCAAACGUUCUCUUUUAAUAUAAGCUUUAACAUGAAUCACCUGUACAUAUGUUAUACCUCCUACACAUAUAAAUUAUAUAGAUAUAUAUCGUGCUUACAAGAUGAGUUUUAAUGCAUCUUUUUACACAAGUACUUCAAUGGUCAUAAGGUGAAUCUGAGGUUGUGUAAUGUGGCAUGCACAGGUUUAUUCGGAAUGACCGCAUUAUUAGUUCUAGCACUAAUAAAUAAAUACAUUUUAAAUGUUCAUGUGACAUCAUUGAUUUUGUACAUCUAAUUAUUUGGUUGUAAUGUCGUAGUUGGCAAAAACCACUUUGUAUCUAUCUAGGUACGGCAAAUUAAUGUCCAUACAGAUUCCAGGUAUGACCUUGCAUUCUUUAGGGAUGCACAGCAAAUCCGAUUAGGUAACAGUAAUGAACUCAUUCCAGGUUUAGAAUGAAGAUUCCUCUACCAGACAAAAGGCAAGACCUUCAAUAACCCACACCGUACAAUCGCCUUAUCGGCUUCAACAAUUUAAACGUACGUGUAAUUUGCUUAAUUACUUACUAAAUGGAGGAACUUGCAAAAACUACGCCAACUUUCUUCUGAAGCUCUCUCGUGGCCAGCAAACCUCGACGUUGGCAUUAAGCUCUUGAACAUAUUUCCACACGCAAAAGUAGAAUAGAAUGUACUUAUUUAUGAAAGUAAGUGAAACAUGUGUGUUUGGGGCAUCGCAUGUUCCUGUCAUAUGUUACGAGUGAUUUUAUUGUACAGUUUAAUAUGAAUUGUUUUUAAAAGCUUUAUGGAAAAACACUCCACAAGUGAUUCAUCUUCUUGGUUCUUUCGGUAAAGUCACGUAGAAGGGAAGUAAUAAUUGUUUUAUUAUGUUUUAUUUUUAUUAUUUUAUUACUUCCCUUCUACGUGACUUUACCGAAAGAACCAAGAAGAUGAACUCCACAAGUGCUAAAGACUGUUUAACAUCAUCUUAUAUAAUGCCGUACCCUGGAGAUGAUAUCUUCAACCAGUUAUAGAUGCCUCACAUGCAUGCAGAUAGAUAUUUUCUAGCCCAUUGAUAUUGAUAAUGGUUAAAUUGGUAAUUAAUGGUAAAAAAAACAAAUUCAUAUCACCACAUGUAUGACAUCCUUAUACUUAUUUUUUUAGAAGUGCUCGCACACUCAAAACUUUGUAUUACAAUACUGCUCUUCACAACUAUCUUCAAAUAAGACUUGCAACAAUGAAAUAUCAAGCUGUGAUUCACAAUUGGUUUUUGGGCCAAAGUGUGUCACACUCACGCGAUCUGACCUACAAAUCUAUGAUGAAUCGAACAUUAGUCGCAGAAGUCUGCGUCUUAAACGAAGCACGGCCGUUGAUGGUAAUGUUAUUGAGUCCUCGUUUUUUUCUUGUUAAGUCUUGGAUGUGCGUUUAUUAUAUGCUUAACUAAAAGGUGUCUGUUUUGAUGGCUCUUUUUUUAUGUUACCUAGUUCGUUAUCGAAUGUCACAGCAAGACUACAAUUGAAUGUCUUCCUUUGUAGUACAUUAGGGGUCGCAGUGGCACAUUUGUACACCAAGCCAUACAUACAUAAGUGGAGGCUCCAAAGUGGUGGUUAAAGAACUCCUCUUAUCCGUGAUCAGACGUGGUUGACGAAAGUUGCGGAUCCUAUUAUCCGCGGAGUCAUCUGCGAAUUUACUUCAUGAAUUAUAUGAGUUUCCGUGGACCCUAUAGUCCCGUGAAUAAUAGGAGUUGCGGACAAUAUAAUCGUGGCUAAUAGGAGUUCUGUAAAUGUAAUGGUCCUACUAAAGCAAUUACAAGUUCAGUCCGUUAUUCCUAAACACUUUAAAGAAAAAAAACCCAUGUGCUCAGGAGCACAUGCAGUAAAUCGAUGCGCUCAUGAGAAACUAUACCAACUCUACAUGGUGAUGAACAUCGUCCGCAUGCAUACAUUUUAGGGGAAAAAAAGCUAAACUUCUUGAAAAUGCUUGCACUCCACACAACCUUUGUGUGUAAAGUGCAAGCAAAAGCUGCCAUCGUGGAAUCGACCAGUGGCUGCCAGCCUGUGGUCUGCGGACGACUGAAGAUCUCCAAGUCCAUGGGAUGUGUUACCCGGAACCGUAGCCGAUACGGUGUUUGGGAGUCAUUUUGUUGUUGGUGCACGGUGGGUCCGCAAACACAUGUUUUGAGGAUUGACAGUGGUGGCGUUCGCAUUUAGAAAUGUUGGGAAUGGACUAAUCGCAUCGAUCCAUGUAAAUUGCUGCUUGUGUUUUUUUAUUUCUGGAACACCGCGCGACCCUUUGUUUCUCAGCCAAUAUCGGGAAAGCGUGCGCAUUGGAAGGCCUUAUUCUCUUUCGGUCAUAUUCGUGAGAUGUCGUUCAAGAAUGUACAGGCACAAACCAAAAUGAGAACGUUUGUCACGAUCGGUGUGAUUUCAUUGUUAGAGACCAGUCAGGUGACGUUAAAGUUGUUCUCUUGAACUAACCGGCGACAAUCUGAACUGCAUUUCUGAACACAUUCAAUCAGCCUCGGACCAAAUCCCGCAGCGCAUGUGCCCAAUCACAUCUUAUCUCAGAAGUAUAAGCAGGUUUGAGCCUGGAUAGUGCUUGGAUGGGUGACCACCACACAAUACAAAAAUAUGGUGUGGGCUGUUGUUAGCAGACGGCAGUACAGAAAAAUCCAUGGUAUUGUGCAAUCCUCACAACGUCUCUCCUCGCCUACUGCACCAAGCCGAGCUGACCGGCGUGGUGAAGUAUGGUCAAACAACCCUAACGUUACAUAUGACAUAUGGGGACUAUGUACACAGACAAAGAAAUGUAGUCUUCAAAAAAUGGCUCAGAAGUGGUUGUACAUUAUGGUGUCGGAUCCGUUAUACUUUUUUAUUAAAACGUUUCACCUGGAUGACCCCUUGAGAUGGAAUAUCUCGUUUGCAAAGGUGCCCAUGGUGUUAAAUGACACAUAUAUAGCAAACAAGUAAACACGUAAUAUAUACCUUAAGCAGAGUACAUCCACCCACCCCACACUGCCCCCGUAUAAAAAUUAUAUUUCAUUGUCUAUUUAUUUAUUUUUAUAUACCAUUGACUUCACAAAUGGGCUUUACACAAAAUGCUUCUCAGCUGCCAAUGGUAUAUCUCCCUCCAGGUGUUCCUUUACUCAAGGAAAGGUUGUUUUUUGUGCAAAGCCAUUGGAACUGAAAGGUCCAUUGAUCACACUGAAGUCUAUUGAUCAUUACGGUUUGUUAUUAAUGUUUUAUUUAAUGUUUCUAUUCGCACUUUUAAAAUUAAACGAUAAGAUGUUUUAUUAUUAUUAUUCAUAAGAGAAUGGCCGGUUUACCGUCCAGUUUACGUGAGCUCAGCAGUGAUGUAACAUCAACUCUAACAGUUGAUUUAUACUUUACAGUUAAUGUCCAUGCAUAUAUUACAAUACACAAAGUUGUUACGUCAUCUGUCAGGCUUGUGCAAAUUGGGACUCGUAAAAGCGUGCCACGGUUAAUGCAUGUAGUCUCUGAGAAAAAAAAUAUAGUUCAUCAUCCUUCACUACGCUCACGGACUGUCGCUUAGUUUUCAGACAUUUCUUGCACGUUUACAGAAAUAACCUGGUUUUACAUCAUGGUGGAAGAAUGCUGCCCUGGUCUAAUGGUUAGGAGCACACCGUGUGUACGUAGGUAUGUUGAACUUCUUUCGCACCUGUCGAAAGCCAACCAUGCUAAUCGGAUGUGCGCGGGGUUGGAGGGGUCAACUAACCACGCUGAACUUCCAACCCAAAGAUCGCCGGUUCGAUUUGCUCUCCCGGCGAGGCAGUUGUAAUGACAGAGACAUUUUCUUAGAUCCCCCCCCCCCCCAGCCUCUGUCCACCACCCAUCAGUAUGAGUCGGCAGAUGUUGUGUGGUAGGGUUAAGUGUGUGGGUGCUCACACCUCCUCCAGCGUAGAAGGGGAGGCCGCACAUCGUGAAGUUCCCACUACUAGGGGGAUGUCCUUUCCACCAGCAGUGACAUGACCCAAGCCAUUGCAGGGCUGCACCUUUAUACAAAGCACGCGUGGUUCUGAUUGGUCCUUUUCCCCACAUGACCGAGGGGGGGAGGGUGGGAGGUUUGCAUUUGGCAUACAAACUGAACACAAUAAUUAAUUUGAGGCAGUAGUUCUCUCGGAAUGGUAAUAGUCAGGUUGUGUUUGCGUGGUUGCAUUGUUGUGUCCUUGUGUGCUAAAUGUAAAUAUAGAUUUUUCACGUACAUAUUCUUAUUUUGUGGAAAUUUUAAUUGAGUGUGUAUAAUGUAUACCAGGGCUGAAAGUAAGACCGCAUUGUAAUGCGAUGACAACAGGAGAAAGAAAACUAUGCUUUUUUUGAAGUUACGUAACGACGUUAAGAGUUCUACUAACAUCACUGUAAUUUCUUUGUAAUGCUACUGGUUUAUUUCACCAUUUGCUCAAUAAACAUAAUCAAAGCAUU